ACAUAGAAAUGGCGAGUGGGGUUGGCAAUCUUGAGGACAGGGGCCGUGGUGAUGGUUUGCUCGAGUAAGUCGAAAGCUUGUUGGCGACGAUCGUUCCAAUGGAAAGGCUCGUCCUUGCGGGUGAGUUUGUGGAGAGGGUAAGAUAUCUCGAAAAAGUUGCGAAUGAACAGGCGGUAAUAGUUGGCAAGGCCAAGGAAGGAACGGAGUUGGAGGAGGGUYUUGGGUGGGGGGUACUCGACGAGGGCUGUGACCUUCCAAAGGUCCAUACGGAUGCCUUCAGCGGAGACAAUAUGGCCGAGGUAUUCAACGCUCGAAGCGGCAAACGUACAUUUGUUGAGCUUGGCGUAGAAUUUUUGCUCUCGGAGGAUCGCGAGGACUUGGCGGAGGUGCUGAAGGUGGGACUCGAAGGUGGGGCUGAAGACAAGGAUGUCAUCAAGGUAGACAACGACACAGACUUCAAGGAGGUUGCGGAAGAUGUGGUUCAUGGUGGAUUGGAGKWRGCGGGGGCAUUGGUGAUAGUGGAUGCAUUUGGAGGAAGGGUAGAGGAGCAUGAGGCAGUGGGCAGUGUUUGCGAUGCCUGGGAAUCGUCCGGUGGAGGGGGCGUCGCUGGAGAGGGGGAAGGCAAACGAAUCGUCGAUGUCAGAUGGGCCACCGCGGGUGCGGGAGGUGCCGGGGGGGGUCUGGUGGUGGGGGUGGAGGAGUCGAUCGUGGUGGAGCAUGCGAGAGAGGAGGUCAGCAGGGGGCAUGUCGGGUUCGUGGGCGAGGGCGGUUGCAAGGUCUUUGUGGCAUACUCGUUUGAUGCGGGAGAUGAACGCACAGUCGGGGAUGACGGUGUGGGGGAGGUGGUGUCGGAGGGAGCGGACGUAUUGGACGAAGCGGUCCGUGGGACCGGUCUGGCGGAGGUGGCAGAAUUGUUCAAGGUAGUCGUCAAUGGUUUUCUGGGGGCGGAAGGUGGCAGUGAGGAGGGUGGCCCAUUGGAGGAAGGUGGGGCGUGGUCCUCCGAAGGCUCGGCGGUUGCUAGCUUYAGCCAUCCACCAUUUGGCUGCAUUCCCGAGGAGGCGGGAGGUGGCAAUGGGGAGCCGGUGGGCAAGGGGCAUGUGGUGGAGCUGAAAAGAGUUCUGAAGCUGGGUUAGGAAGAGGAAAACGUCCUCGUGGGGGAGGCCGGAGAAGGACAUGAUUUCGCCAGAUCGG